UCGUACAAAAAGCACCCACCAUUCUUCGAAAAAUUCACAGCAAGAAUCUGCCGACUGCUCCUCUUUUAGAAACCUCAACAGGACAACUUUUAUUCACAAGUUUCGUCUUUCUAAUUCCUACAAUUUUUUGGCUGCAGUGAACAAAUGGCAAACAGGAAGAAUUCUUCAACCACCAUCACAAUUGACUCCCCACUGGAAAAAGCGCCAUCUUCUUCAACAGCAGCAACUGUCUCCAAAGCAUUGCCUUCACAUUAUGUGCACGAGGUUGAACGUUUUCUCAUCCGCAAGGGAAUUUCGGGCCCUCUCGCUGAAAAUACAGAUCCUUGGAUUUCUAUUCCCAUCUCUUUCGCCAUCUUCUUAAGGUCAGCCAUGUCUACAAUGGCCGCGUCUCUUGCUUCUUCUCUGUCCUACCGGUUUUCACCACUCUGUUUUCCAUUCCUGGAUUAUAGAAUAUUUGCAGUGGACUACAUGAGGAGUAAUUGAAGCUAUAGCAGGGAGAAUGGCAGUUGCUUGCGCUAGAGCAGUACGGGCAGGGGACCAGGAACUCUUUCUUGGCGAAUUGAGCAUGUCUUAUCUCUCUGCUGCUCCACUAACUGUGAGUUUCUCUGUUUCUCAUUUGUUUCAUCUAUAGUUCGGUUUUCAUCAAUAGAAUCGAGUUAAAUUACUAGUUUGAAAAUUCCUUGGUGAUUCAAACAAAAGAGAGCUUUUAUUUUCUGUGUAACUCGAUUUAAAAUGAAAAAGCAGAGAGGAGGAUGAGGAGAAAGUAUUUGCCAUGUAACCCUGGCAAAGAGAAACUUCACAAGCCACGAAGUCACAUCCCCUCCAGCACCUGCCACGCAAAUUCUCUCUCUCUCUCUCUCUCUCUCUUUCACUUCUCUUAUAUUCUUUCACUCUUCUUCAUCUUCUUGUGCUUCUGUAUAACCCCUUAGUAGCUGCUGGCAAGCGGCCAUAAGGAAACAUCAUCCAUUCAAUGGUUGAUGGGGUGCGCGUUAAGGUGCUUUCGACUA